AUGCUGGCCAGCCUUGCCCUGGUCUCACAGAUGAGUGGUGCAACACAGAUGGGCCCUUGGAUACCCUUGGUCAAUAAUCCUCGAACAACCAUAGUAGUGGACACGUCAGGGCUCCACUCCCUGAUGAUCAGAUUCUGUCGGUGCGCUGACACACUAAGCCCUGACAUGCAAAUAUUUGAAAUGGGCCUCUUCCCGGCAUCUUUCACUUCGCCAAAGACGACAUUCACAUUUGUGGUGUUGGACGACUUCCUGUUGGACAACCUGGAAUUUACUUCCAGUGUGUUUCCUCAUCUGGUUCCAUGGAAUCAAGUGAAACAGCUCAAGUGGCAUGGGUUCAGCCAUGAGAAGAGAAAGCCAAAGGCAGGGGAACUCACACUCUUCUGUCCUACAUGCCCACAGCCCAGGGUAAAUGUCAAUUUUUCAGAUAGGAAUGGGUCCAACCCUGCAUGGUUGUAUUUAAGAUCUUUGGUGCAGGACACGGCAAAUGUGUUGUGCCACAAGCUCGAGGUGACAGGGAUAGGUGGGUGUGCUUGUGCCAGACAUGGGUGUUUCAUUCCCCAUUCAAUGGUUGACUUUCAGAAGGGGAAAAGGUUCGCCGUCUGA